AUGCCUCGCGACGACGAUUGUUUUGAUGUUUCCAAUCUUUAUCUCAGUGUUGUAAGCCACUAUAGGGACUGGUGUUAUGCAUUUUCUUCACUCAUUGACUCAUACGCAUUCUGCAAUCAGGGAGCUGAACUCAUGGAGUCGGCGAUUGGGGGUCUACGACUCCUCACACUCAAAACGCCGGCAGAACAACGAUAUCUACUCUUCCUCCUCGAAAGGUCAGAUUUGGGAUUAGAAGUCGGAGGUUCAUGGUCAGAUUGGAAGCAUCGGAAAUUAGGAAACGAAAAUGGAAGAGGCAUCGGGUCUGAAUAUCAUUCUCUUCUUCUCCAUCAAUGUCACCAAUCGCCAUGGACGGUACCGGUAAGCUACUUUGGAGGGUAUCGCCAUGAACACGAAUCAGUCUCUGUUAGGUCAGUUACUGAUGCACGCCCACAAGAGGGGAAGAAAAUCAAGGAUGAUUUCCUUAACACUUCAGUUCAAGAUUUGGGGACUGUUUUAGACACAGCCAAGUCAAUGUCAGUCAAACGUGCAUGGUCUUCUCCUAUGGGAACAUCAGGGAAAGACAUUGCAAUGCUGUUCAUUGAAGAUGCUUUAUCAAAUCUUGAUGCACAACAUGAAUAUGCAACUAACAGAGAUAAUGAAUUAGAGAUUGCUUCUUUACAAAAAGAUGGAGGGUUAUCUUUUUCACGAGUUAAAAUAGAGGGAAUGGUGGGAAGUUAUCCUUUUGAAAACCUGAGAUCAGCUAUUGACAUUCUGUUUCUUUGUGGAAGUUCAGAUUUGGUUGUAGCAAAACAAGCAAUUCUCUUAUAUACUCUACAAAUCUCAGGAUCUGCACAACUUACAGCUGUCCAAUUACUUUGGGUGUACUUGAUCAUAGACACAUUGGGUGCACUGGCACUAGCCACCGAACCACCAAACGAUGGUCUAAUGAAACGACAACCUGUCAAAAGAACCGACAGUUUCAUCACCAAGACGAUGUGGCGGAAUAUCACUGGCCAAAGCCCAAAUUCAACCGCCAUUCUCAACACAUUUAUCUUCAACACCUUUGUCUUCUGUCAGGUGUUUAAUGAAAUAAACAGCUGUGACAUUGACAAGAUUAAUAUUUUCCGUGGGAUAUUUAGUAGUUGGAUUUUUGUGGGUGUGAUGAUAUCGACGGUUGUAUUUCAAGCCAUGCCUGCAGAAAAGAGAUGUACAAUCUUACUAGCUAUAGCUGAUGCACCGAAAGCAAAUGAGAAAAUGAUUUUACAUGAAAAUGAAGCUGAUGUGGCAACUGCACAAGAUGAUGGAUAUGAAUCAUCAUUAGUCUAUCAGUUGGCUCUUAAGCCUGGGAAGGUCUCUAGUCUUGCAAAAGCAAUUCGUGUGAUUGCAAAAAUGGAAGAGCCAAUUGGUCAAGUGUUAAAGAGAACAGAGCUGUCAAAUGGAUUCAUCUUAGAGAAAAUGUCAUCUCCUUUGGGUGUUCUACUUGUUAUCUUUAAGUCACGACCUGAGGCACUAGUUCAGGUGGCUGGUGGUUUAGCUGGCGAGACACCUCACAUGAUAAGUGCAGCUGUUAAAGGCAUAACUCCAUUGAGUUAUGAGUUUACUUAUCUUGUAUCCAAUGCUUUUAGUGUUUUUCCAUCCUCUUUUCUUCUUCUUCAAAGAACAAACAGAGAGAUAAUUAAAGCAAAUUUAGGUCUGAUAAAGGUAUUAGUUGCAAAAUCAAAAUCUAUUAUUCACGUGUAUAUAUUUUCCUAA